AUGGGGGCCCCCGGUGCUGUCCACUCCUGGAUGAGGUAUCCGGCCCUUUGGAGUUACACGUGGGCACCUUUUGUCAGUCCUUUCUGGAUGGGGCUUCCCCCUCCAGCUGCACCAGUGCCUUCAGUCUGGCCCUCGGGCUUCUCCAGCUUUGAUCCCCAAGUGGGGAGCCAGUACCUGGCCACCGUGACCUCCAGUGUGUUUCCUUACCCCAUGGGACCCCCACUCCCCCCACUCCCAUACUCCUCAGUCCCUCCAGCUCUGAGUGGGGACGACUCUGGCCACUCUCCCCAGGUGGAAUGGCAGAUUCGCGCCAGCUCAGCCUUCCUGGCUGCGGCGGGGGGACCGUCCAGAAGAGCUCCUCAUUUGGAGAGGUGCCAAGCCCCUCCAUCAGAAUGGGCCUCCAGGUUUAGCCCUGGGGCACCUGGUCUACCCUGCAGCCCAGAACUCUGCCCUCUGCCCCCUCAGCCCGAUCCCCGCUGUCCCCGCUCCCCUCGGCUGCACUGCAAGGCCUGCUGCCGCCUCUUCUAG